AUGCCGUCCCCAAACCAUCGCACACGAGCCUCCUUGGGCACACCGAGCACAAGCGCGGCCUUGCGACGUGGUGAAGUCAAGAUCUCCGAUCCCAUUCCUUUCGACACAACUGACUACUAUACCGCCUACAACACAGCCACUCCAUCCAAGUACCCUUCUGGUCUGCGCGUAGAUGACUCCACUUGGCCGCGCAAGAGCAGCCCCGGCACUGAGUUUCAUUAUCGACAUGCUUCGACUGGCAAUGUCCCCAGUCACACUGCUAGAGCUUCUGCGGGACCAUCGCUGAUGCCAAGCAGCAUGUCGUCCAUUCCGUCCAAAGCCUCUCUCAGCCAGAAGAAGCAGAGCGGCUUUCGAGCCGCUCUGAAACGUAUGUUCUCGAGCAAGAAACAUCGAUCUGUUCCUGCCGAUGUCUCUGACCCACGCUAUUUCCGAAGCGAGACGGCUUAUCUCAAUCCUGUCAUGGAACAGCGUACUGUCACUCGAGCUGAAUCCAUCCCCGCUUUACGAUCACAUGCGCAUUCGACUGCUUUUGGACCAACCCAUACCCACCAAUACUCCGACACGGCUGGUGAGCACACCAUAGAACCUCCUCCACGGCGCGGGCGCCGUAACACCUUACCCAGCUUGGUAUUUAGUGACCGAGAGUCAGGACUCGUCCCUGCCAUCAGUGAGUGGUCCGCUGGCGAUUCUCAGCCGGACAAGAAAUGGGUCAAGGAAGACUAUGUCUCUGAUGGUCAAUUGAAACGUCGGUCUAGAAGUGCUGAUGCUCUCAGUGAGCUAUUACGACAGGGAGGAGUCGACCCGACUUCCAAAAGAGACCGCGCCAGCGAAAUCGCGUAUUGGCGAAACAGUGCCAUCCAGAAUCCGGUCCCAGUCUUUAGUGGUCAAACGAUCAGUGUCGAUCCUGUCCACGUACCACAAACCGUGGCUUCUAUAGAUGACUCUGAGCCCGCUUCAUCAGUGGUCAACCCACUACAGACCUUUGAUUUUGGUCUUGAUGGCAGUGACAAGUACGAGACAACCAUCGAGCAGCGAGUCAAUACCCUGGAGAUCAAGCUCUUUGAUUUCGAAUACGCCAUAGCGAAACUGCAGGGCAACGAGUUACAAAAACCCAUGCUCAAUUCGAGAUUUCAACGUGGCUCCAUCCAUAACAUUUUCCCUGACGAUACCACGCACCCCACAUUAACGACAACCUCUUCUCAAGAAUUCAACUUUUUGUCAUCUCCUGCUACGACCACACAUGAUGUGACUUUUCUAUCAUCCCCUGGGGAGUCCCCGCCAGUCUCACCAGAGAAUGAUGAAUUAUUCAGACCGCAAAGAGCAAGUAAGGCAACAACCGCAACGAUCAGGCCAUAUACAGCUCGAAGGCGGUCACCACGUUCCCCCUCCAUUCAUCUCUCGUCCGAACGAUUCGAGACCAUGAUGGAAUUGAUUAGAGAAGAGCAGGCAGCGCGGCAAAGGCUAGAAGAGCAAAUGAUGGAAUUACGCAGGGAAGUCGAAAGCCUUCGCACUCCGGUAUUUGCCACUAUCCAUGACGCCUACCCCACUCCCAGUCCUGAAUCUUCUCAUACCACAGCACCACGAUCGCUUCAUCGGGCACCUGCAUUCCAAAACACUGCGUCCAAAGAAAUCUCCCGGUUCAGCGGUUCCGAGGUAGACUCAGAUCCGGGAGAAAUCGAAGGCUUUGAAGAUGUGUAUGAAACGCCUCUUGUUGAAAGCAGGAAAACAUUCGAAACAGCUCGAGGGUCCCCAGGGCAGGUAACAGUAUGA